GUGCACGUCUCGCGUGCUCCAGCCUACAUUGCUUCAGAAGAUACGAUAAAGAAGGAAGGAAAAGACAAACCAAAGGAAAUGGCGGUCGGGGUCAACCAUCUAGGUUCUUUCCUUGUCCCACUGUUCAUCUCACUUUUGCUCACCAUCAACAGCAAAGCAUUCACCAUCGAAGAAGCAACCAUUUACGACAUUCAACAGGCCUUCUCCCAAAACAAGCUCACAGCAACACAAUUGGUGGACUUCUACAUAACCCAAAUCAAAACGCUAAAUCCCCUGCUUCGCAGCGUAAUAGAAGUCAACCCUGAUGCCCAGUAUCAAGCUCAAAAGGCCGAUGAGGAAAGGAGGAACAAUCAAGGCGGUAGAUCAUUGGGAGACUUGCAUGGAAUUCCGGUGCUGCUUAAGGACACAUUUGCCACUAAGGAUAAAAUGAACACGACGGCGGGGUCGUACGCUUUGUUGGGAUCGGUGGUUCCUCGGGAUGCGACGGUGGUGGAGAGGUUGAGAAGAGCGGGAGCGGUGAUACUUGGAAAAGCUAGCCUCAGCGAGUGGUAUAAUUUUCGUUCCUUGGGCCAUAUUCCCAAUGGCUGGUGUGCUAGAGCCGGACAAGGAGUGAAUCCAUACUACCCAACUGGGGACCCAUGUGGCUCAAGCAGUGGAUCAGCAAUUUCUGUAGCAGCAAAUAUGGUGGCAGUAUCACUUGGAACUGAAACUCAUGGCUCCAUCAUCUGUACCUCUGAUCACAACUCCGUUGUAGGUUUCAAACCCACUGUUGGUCUCACUAGCCGUGCUGGUGUCAUUCCAGUUAUGCUGAGCCGUGAUACCAUUGGGCCAAUUACCAGGACAGUCUCUGAUGCAGUUUACUUGCUGGAUGUAAUUGUUGGUUUUGAUCCAAGAGAUUCUGAAGCAACCAGUGAAGCAGCCAAGUUUGUACCUGCUGGUGGUUACAAGCAAUUCCUCAACCUAAAUGGGCUUAAAGGGAAGAGACUGGGGAUUGUUAGAAAACCAUUUUUGAACUUGUUAAAUGAAUCCAUAAUUUCUGCUUUUGAGCAUCAUCUGAGCACACUAAGGAAAAGCGGUGCCACUAUAGUGGACAAUCUUGAGAUAACAGACAUUGAUACAAUUCUUAACCCAAAACAAAGUGGUGAGCUGACACUGAUGUUGGCUGAGUUCAAGCUCUAUUUGAAUGAUUACCUGAAAGAGCUUAUCACAUCUCCAGUGAGGACACUUGCCGAAGUUAUUGCUUUCAAUGAAAAUAACCCUGAUAUUGAGAAAACCAAAGAGCAUGGUCAGAACACGUUCCUGGCAGCAGAGAGAACAAAUGGCAUUGGAAAGAAAGAGAAUAAGGCAAUAGAGAUGAUGGAAAAACUCUCAAAAGAUGGAUUUGAGAAGCUGAUGAUGGAAAAUGAUUUAGAUGCUAUGGUGACACCUGGUACAGGUGCUGUCUCAGUGUUGGCAAUUGAGGGAUAUCCUGGAAUUACAGUCCCUGCUGGGUAUGAUGGCAAUGGAAUGCCAUUUGGGGUCUGUUUUGGUGGGCUUAAUGGUACUGAGCCGAAGCUCAUUGAGAUUGCUUAUGCUUUUGAACAAGCUACCAUGGUAAGGAGGCCUCCUUUUCCCAGGUCUUCUGAAUUGACCACCGACUUCCUCUUUGGAAGUUUAUAAUUGUCAUUUUAUAUAACUGCAAGUAAAUUCUCGUGUAAGUUUGAUUCAUUAUGAAUUUAAAAAUUUAGAUAUCAAAUGGGUGAAAUUUACGUAUUUA